AUGCAACGCAAUAGCCGCGUCCUCGUUGCGCCGGCGGCUGUAGCAACAGGACCGGCGCCGCCGUCGAUCGAGUACACCCUGCGCCGUCCGUUCCUUAUCAUCAGUUUUCUCAAGUUCAUUGCGUCGGGAGUCUACCUCGCGCUCGCGAGCCUGCUCAUGAUCACGGGGACACCCUCGACAGCGAUCAAGUUUCAAGUGUACGCCAUGCAGACGGCGUCGGGGCCGCUGUAUGCGGCGUUCGCACUCUUGCACUUGGCGGCUGCGAUCGAGAUGCUUUUACCGGCGCGCUGUCGACGGCUCCACGCCGCGAGUGGCACCUCGCUUCUUCGCAAGGCGCCAACAUGGCUCUCGCAAUCGAUUCAGUGCGUUGUCUCGGCAGUGCAACUCGUCCAGGCGUACAAGCUCAGCGCGAGUGCAGUCUCAAGCGCCGUCACGACAGCCUACUCGCUCACCCUCGUCGCUUCGUGCCUCCUUCCGCCGUGGCUCUCCUAUUCGUCGCACCCGUUUGUACGGCAUCACAUGGCGCGCUUCUUCUGGUCAUUUUUUGGUUUUCUCUUGGCCACCGGCGUCAACUUGGCCUUUUUUCUCGUACCCGUGGUCCAUGUGACGUUUCAGGACAAGCGCCUCGGGUAUGGCGUGGCGUGGACGACCGAGUACGUUCUCUUGACGCGCUGCUUGGUCCCUGGCACGCUCCUCGAUCUCAUUGGGAAGCUCGUGCUCUUUGGGAUGAGCUACCUCAGCUCGCGCCAGCUCGUGCAAAGCAUUUUUGCUGUCGCCGCGCCCGCUGUGCCGAGCCGACUCCUCUCGGCGCACCUGCGCACGCUGGCGUCCGUCAAGGACACACUUUCGUUCCGAAAGCCUCGGUCGCGUUGUACCCAUGUCUUUUUGAUGGUCCAUCUUGUCAUUGGCAGUAUGGUGCUGGCCAUGGUGUUAUCGCCGCGGCCCGCCUGUCCCGCCAACUGCGAACUCGCGGUCGCGCCGUGGCUAAGGUCGACCUGUCAGUGCAUCUUGUACCAUUUCAACGGCCACGACAAUGUGUCGAUCGAUGCGACGACACUCUCAAGUGAACGCUUGGGCGACCGCCUCUUCUUCUUGCAUCUAACCAACUGCCCGACACUACCUGACCUGCAAUUGUUGGCGCCCUUUUCCAACCUCUAUGGCCUCACGAUUGAAUCUGGGCAUGCCACGUCAUGGUCAAAACGCAAUGCGUCGUGGCCACCGUCGUUGAUAUCGCUCAAUUUGCGCUAUAUUCCACUACGUGGCAUUCCAGAAGCCCUUUUGGAGCUGCCACCCAAUUUGCAAACGCUCUCAAUCACGGGGUGCCUCAACAUCUCGCGACUUCCCACGACGGUCCGCACAUCGUGGGCGACCGUGGCGUGGUUGAUCCUGAACGACAAUGCAUUUGAUGAAAUGCCGCACUUUCUCGCCAAUUUCUCGUCGCUCGAGAGGCUCGUUGUGUCGACCAACCGCCUCACGACUCUACCCGAGGCUGCACUCGCAUCGCUGCCGCACUUGACGCGGCUCGAAGCCGCUCAAAACAGCCUCACGCAGUGGCCAACCCACCUCAUCGACGCCAAGCCCGCGCUCUUUCUUGAUCUCAGCAACAAUCCGAUCGCUGCCGUGCCCACCACGGACGCAAUCGCAUCGCGAUUGAUUGUACUCGACGGCAGCGACUACUGCAAUGCGACCCUCGCAGCUGGGUGCUAUGCUGUCUGUUCCCCACUCUGCUCCAACGUUGAAGUCGGCGACAAGGUCUGUCAGCGCAAUUGCUGGAACGCCGCGUGCCAGUGGGAUGGCAACGACUGCGCGAACAGCGGGUCGCAGUAG